GGUCGGGGCUUGAAAUAUAUAAGCGAAGAAAAUUGUAUCUCAAACAGGUAGCUAGCUAACUUAAACUAGGUGUCUUACGUUACUUGACGUUUCGUUGUGAUGAAACCUGAAAACGAACGGGGGAUAAGAACGAUAUCAGGCAUUUGGCUAGACACCCCCAUUCAGAGCGGCUUACGAGGUGUGGCUACCAGGACCCGUUGUACCAGCGCAGCAGGGGGGCAGUGAAGGACAUGGCCACGCCCUUCGUUCCCGUGCCUGUCCCAAUGGAGCGAGCGAGGUCCAGGGUUCGACGGGCCACGUCGCUGGGCAGCGUCUCCACCAGCUCGAGCUCCCCCUCCAGGGCCCCCGGGGACGAGACCAUCCCCGAAACGAGAGGGGGCUCCUCCCGGGCCUGUGCCACCCCGCCUUUGGAGUGCUUCAGCCCUGUGACCCGGACCAGGCUGAACGGGACCGCUCCGGCUGUGGAGUACUCUAACCGACCCCGUUCCCAUGACGACUCUUUGGACUCCGGCUGGCAGGAGCGUCCGAUCACCCCUACUCUCCUGGGAUACGAGGUCAUGGAGGAGCGCGCCAAAUUCACCGUGUAUAAGAUCCUGGUGAGGACGAGCCAGGAGGAGAGCUGGGUGGUGUUCCGCAGGUACACCGACUUCUCCAGGCUGAACGGCAAGCUGAAAGACAUGUUCCCAGGAUUCAGGUUCUCUCUGCCUCCCAAACGCUGGUUCAAGGACAACUAUGACACGGAGUUCCUGGAGGAGAGACAGCUGGGCCUGCAGGUUUUUCUCCAGAACCUGGUCGCACGCAAAGACAUAGCCACCAGCUUGCCAGUGAGGGAGUUCCUGUGUCUGGAUGACCCCCCGGGCCCCUUCGACAGUCUGGAGGAGAGUCGGGCCUUCUGUGAGACCCUGGAGGAGACGAACUACCGGCUGCAGAAGGAGCUGGUCGAGAAGCAGAGGGAGAUCGAGGAGCUGCGGAAGACCCUGGAGGAGAAGCAGCUUCACAUUCACAUUCUGGAGAAAAGAGUCAAUGGAGACUCACUGAGUCCGGAGAGUUUGGAGAGCCCCUGCAGGCUGUCUGGGGUCGGUAGUGAGGGCAGCAUGGAUGCAGACAUCGAUGCGGAGUCCUCCACUGUGGAGGCCGACCAAGAAAUGGACCCAGAGAACAGCUGUGGUAACCAGGCGCCCGGGAAGGGUCACCUGAAGGGUCACGCCGCCUGCUGGUGUGGGCCAAUCGCCGGGAGCCCCCUGCCCGUCAUCCAGGUGACCCAGGAGCUGGAGGCGCGGCCAUCGCACUGACCACUCCCUUUCUCGACAUGCAGAAUACAGGAACGCAUAGAGAUCCUAUGCUCUUCUUCUCCACCCGUCUCCCCUCUUCCCCCUAUUUUUCUGCCCCCCCCCCCUCCCCAUUUCCCGUUCUUAUAGGAAUUUGGGUGCUUAUAGGACAGAGGGUCUUUCAGUACUUCUGUCUGUCAGGCCUAGCUUCACACGCUCAGGCUCAGACCAGCCUUUUACGGAUGGACAGAUCCGUUGACUGACACCAUGUCUCCACUGUAGCGGAGUAUAGUAGGACCCCCCGCAGAGGGAUGCAGAGUGGUUGGGUCCUGAUCAGAGCAUCUGAUUGGCUGAUUUUUCAUUUUUGUCCAGAAAUGGAAAACCCAUUGUCCACACUGCAGCUCCUUCACCACGUCUCUCUGGAAUGGAAGAGGCCGGGGAACAUUUUAAUUCUCUUUGGCUUCUGCUGAAAACCGCCAGGAGGGGACCGAAAGAUCUCCCAAGCUGUGGAAUUCUGGGAGGAAAAAAAUCCCCUUUCUUGGACAGUGCUACUCACCUGUUACAACAAUCAAAGCAGAAUAGCUCAACUUUAGCUGCUAAUCGGUAGUACAGAGGCUGGCCACGCAAUAACAACGUUCUUUGUUGAGCUACAUGGUUAAGACAAAGGUCAAGGCUGUCGUACAUGGUGUGCGCUGAACCUGGGUCAAAUGCUUGCUUGGAAUACUUUAACUCGUUAGAUGCUGGUAACGUUUUGUUGUUUACCAAAAAUGUACAAUUCUACAAAAUCUCUGCAGCUUGAUGAAAAUAUACGUUUGAGAGCAAAAUCCUUUGAUCGGUUUGAAUGAGUCAUCAACUGAUUGACAUCUAGUUGUAGCCCCACCGAGUAUGGGGUUUCAGCCAGCCUUGUAAUCAGGGUUGUAUCUGACAUCACAUCUUUGUUCUGUGGGCAGCACUUUUC